CCACCGCCACCGCCACCUCCGCCUCCACCGCCUUCAGCCACCGAUCGAUCAAUGGAGGGAGCAAAAACCCUAAAGGUAAUGGCGGAGGCGUUCAAAGAAUUGGCGGAGAAGAUAAAUCAAUGUCCGGAUGGAGAAGAAGCCCGGCUCGAAUUGGUCCCCUUUUCUCGGGCCUGCUCCCUCGUAUCACCUCUAUUCCGCUGCCUCGGCAUCGCUUUCAAAUUCGCCGAGCUCGACUACGUUGCCAAAGUUAAUGAUCUUGUUGAGGCGUCAAAAUCGAUAUCGGUGCUGCCAUUGAUGAUGGAUGGUGAUAUCGAAACCGAUUGUGUAAGAAAAGCAGGUAGCCACACAAGGAAUCUGCUGAGAGUGAAGCGUGGCAUUGACAUGGUCAAAGUUCUGUUCGAGCAUAUUAUUUCUUCAGAGGGAAAUUCCCUAAAAGACCCCGCUUCAAAAGCUUAUACACAAGUGUUUGCUCCCUACCAUGGAUGGGCUAUCAGAAAAGCUGUGGCGGCCGGAAUGUAUGCCCUUCCGACAAAAGCACAAUUAUUGAAUAAACUAAACGAAGAUGAAACAUCAGCGAGAAUUCAGAUGCAGAACUACGUAUUGUCGGCAAACGCAGUGGUUAAGUACGUUGACCAGCUAUUCAACUCGAGAGAAUUGGGAAUUGAUUGGUGAAAAAUUUAGACGGUAGGGCUGAGUAACUACAUUCGGAAUUUCUGGUCCUAUUAUCGUAUUUAUUUUCAAUAUAGUUUAAUGAUUUAUUCGCUUUGCAUCCUUCAAUAGGUGAACAGAAUUGCUCUGUUUUCUUUAUUGCAUACAGUUGUACAGUAAUUGAAGAUAAAAUCUGCUAUGUUUAAUGUGUUGGUUGCCCCUAUAUUAA